GCCUCACUGUUCCAUUUUUCCCCGCCCCACUGUUCUAGAAAGCCCUAACUUUGCCUAAAUCCAAGUGAGUGACGUGAACCUGGUGAUUAUCUCUCUCUCUCUCUCUCUCUCUCUCUCUCUCAGCUCCUCCAUCCAUCAUCAAUGGCUGACAAUCCCAAUCCAGACGACGAUAUCUCGUAUCACCAGAAAACGGUGAUACUGAGAGAUUGGUGGCUGAUUAAAUGCUCAAUCGAAUUCCAAGGCAAACGAUUUGGUGUUGCUGGCACCCAGAUUGCUGAGACAGGAGCAGUGCGUGUUUUCACAUCUUGUCCGAUUAUCAGAGCGUUCGAUGUUUUCACACUCGAAGCAUCUGACGGAGUAUGCAUCAUCCUACGUGGCUUUCUCAACAAACAACGCCUCCUUCAAUCUGGCUUUCUCCCUCAGAUUUCCCGUGAGUUCAUCUUCGGGUUUCCUCCUUGUUGGGAAUCCAAAUGUAACCAUUGCUUCGUUGGUGUCCCUUCUGGAUCUCCUAUCAAUAAAGAAGCUUCUCGUACCAUUUUGUCUCCUUGCAACAACGCUAAAUCGAAUCUAGAGGAUAGUAGUAUUCCAUCUGUGGUUGAGAAGAAGAACAACACGGUGGAGACUAAUGAUACUGUUGGCGGCGGUUCUUCAAGGAAAAUGUCUCUUCGUCUGCACUCCAAAUCUCUUGAGCUGAUGAAGAAGAAUACGAGUAACGAUGGUGGUGUAUCAAAAGAUGUGUGUGAGGUUAUCAAUAUCGAAGUGGAUGGAUGUGGUGAGAAUCAUACUGGUGCAGAUAAUGCUGUUGAUAAAGUUACAAGUGCGAGUGCUACUGAAGAAUCACUACUGACGACGACGACGACUUCGGAACAGCGAAAUGGUAAGCUCAAGGUAACGAAAACAUCUCCAAGUGGCGGUAGCAGCAAGCGCGGAAAAUCAAAGAAAAGUGAGAAGAUCCUUAAAGGGGAUUCAGAGACUAUGACUCGUUCAAGGUCCAAGGUUAUAGACAACUUAUCAGUGGGGAAUACAAUCAGGAAGAUCGACUUUGAUGAGGAGGUAACACCGGAGAAAGAUGCGAAGAAGCACAAGACAAACAGUGCAGUAGUGUCUCCUGAUUCAUUAGGACAGAAACGGUCAAGAUCAGGAAGGGUGCUAGUGUCACCAUUAGAGUUCUGGCGCAACGAAGUUCCUGUUUAUGAUUUGGAUCGGAAUCUUAUCCAAGUAAACGAAGGCACUCCUCCAUCUAGAGGAAAAGGAUCCGUUUCUCGAAAGCCGAGAAGAUAAAAAUCAAGUAGACAGCUUUUUCAACAUGCUUUGGUAAUUAGGGUUAUGUUCUCUGAACAUGUAACAUCUUAGGCUUAUUUUGGAUCGUUUAACUCUUUAGGAUUUGGAGCUAUGUAAUAAUAUAUAUAUUUGGUGCACCUA